CUGCCCGAGCCCGAGCCCCGGCCCGGGAGAUGGGACCCCCAGGGAAAGCAGCCCCUUCAUUAACAGUGUGGAAGUGGAGCGGGACACCUUCCUUGCAGGAAGGAACAUGGCGCAGGAGGGCUUCUGCGAAGGAAAGAACAUGGCGCUUUUUGAGGAGGAAAUGGACAGCAAUCCCAUGGUGUCGUCGCUGCUCAACAAGCUGGCCAACUACACCAACCUGAGCCAGGGCGUGGUGGAGCACGAGGAAGACGAGGACCGCCGGCGCAGGGAGAGCAAGGCCCCGCACAUGGGCACCUUCAUCGGCGUCUACCUGCCCUGCCUGCAGAACAUCCUGGGUGUCAUCCUCUUCCUGCGCCUGACCUGGAUCACCAUGCUGACUGCCAUCUCUAUGAGUGCUGUCGCCACCAAUGGUGUGGUCCCAGCGGGAGGCUCCUACUACAUGAUCUCCCGGUCGCUGGGGCCUGAGUUUGGAGGGGCCGUGGGGCUCUGUUUCUACCUGGGCACCACGUUUGCAGGGGCCAUGUACAUUCUGGGGACCAUUGAGAUAUUUCUGACCUACAUCUCCCCGAGUGCGGCCGUCUUCCGGGCGGAGGUGGCGGGCGGGGAGGCAGCCGCCAUGCUCCACAACAUGCGUGUCUACGGCUCGUGCACGCUGGCCCUCAUGGCCGCAGUGGUCUUCGUGGGCGUCAAGUAUGUCAACAAGCUGGCCCUGGUCUUCCUUGCCUGCGUGGUCCUCUCCAUCCUGGCCAUCUACGCCGGCGUCAUCAAGACGGCCUUUGACCCGCCCGACAUCCCGGUCUGCCUCCUUGGGAAUCGCACGCUGUCCUGGCUCAGCUUCGAUGUCUGCGCCAAGGAGCACCCCGGCCUCAAUGGCACGGCGACCACGGCCCUCUGGGGCCUCUUCUGCAAUGGCUCUGCUCCCAGCGCCACCUGUGACGAGUACUUCACCCAGAACAACCUGACCGUCAUCCAAGGCAUCCCCGGCGUAGCCAGCGGCGUUGUCCUGGAUAACCUGUGGAGCACGUACAUGGACAAGGGCUCGUUUGUGGAGAAGGAGGGGACUCCCUCAGUCCCUGCACCAGACGAGGCCAGGGCCAGCAGCCUGCCCUACGUGCUCACCGACAUCAUGACCCACUUCACCCUGCUGGUCGGCAUCUACUUCCCUUCCGUGACUGGCAUCAUGGCGGGCUCGAACCGCUCUGGGGACCUCAGGGAUGCCCAGAAGUCUAUCCCCACGGGCACCAUCCUGGCCAUUGCGACCACGUCCUUCAUAUACCUGUCCUGCGUUGUGCUGUUUGGGGCGUGCAUUGAAGGCGUGGUCCUGCGAGAUAAGUUUGGCGAGGCCCUGCAGGGCAAACUGGUCAUUGGCAUGCUGGCCUGGCCAUCCCCCUGGGUCAUUGUCAUCGGCUCCUUUUUCUCUACCUGCGGCGCCGGCCUGCAGAGCCUGACGGGGGCCCCGCGCCUGCUGCAGGCCAUCGCCCGGGACGGCAUCAUCCCCUUCCUGCAGGUGUUCGGCCACGGGAAGGCCAACGGCGAACCCACCUGGGCCCUGCUGCUGACGGCCCUCAUCUGCGAGAUUGGGAUCCUCAUUGCGUCCCUGGACAGUGUGGCGCCCAUCCUGUCCAUGUUCUUCCUCAUGUGCUACAUGUUCGUGAACCUGGCCUGUGCCGUGCAGACCCUGCUGCGCACCCCCAACUGGCGCCCACGCUUCAAGUACUACCACUGGCGUGUGGUGUUCUGUGGCCCGUGUGGUGUUCUGUGGCCUGUGUGGUGUUCCGUGACCUGUGUGGUGGUCUGUGCCCUGUCUGUGGUGGGAACUCACUGGUGUUCCCCUUGCAGGGCAGAGAAGGAGUGGGGUGAUGGCAUCCGGGGCCUGUCGUUGAAUGCCGCCCGCUACGCACUGCUCCGUGUGGAGCAUGGCCCCCCCCACACCAAGAACUGGAGGCCCCAGGUGCUGGUGAUGCUGAAUCUGGACGCAGAGCAGGCCGUGAAGCACCCACGGCUGCUCUCCUUCACAAGCCAGCUGAAGGCCGGCAAGGGCCUGACCAUCGUGGGCUCUGUGCUGGAGGGCACCUACCUGGACAAGCAUGCUGAGGCCCAGCGUGCUGAGGAGAACAUCCGGUCCCUGAUGGCCAUGGAGAAGACCAAGGGCUUCUGCCAGCUAGUGGUGUCCUCCAGCCUGCGGGAUGGCACAUCACACCUGAUCCAGUCGGCAGGGCUCGGUGGCAUGAAACACAAUACAGUGCUGAUGGCCUGGCCCGAGGCCUGGAGGCAAACGGACAACCCCUUGUCCUGGAAGAACUUUGUUGACACAGUCCGGGACACCACGGCGGCGCACCAGGCCCUGCUGGUGGCCAAGAACGUGGACCUGUUCCCGCAGAACCAGGAGCGCUUCAGCGACGGGAACAUUGACGUGUGGUGGGUCGUGCACGACGGGGGCAUGCUCAUGCUGCUGCCCUUCCUACUGCACCAGCACAAGGUGUGGAGGAAGUGCCGCAUGCGCAUCUUCACGGUGGCCCAGGUAGACGACAACAGCAUCCAGAUGAAGAAGGACCUGCAGAUGUUCCUCUAUCAGCUGCGCAUCAGCGCCGAGGUGGAGGUGGUCGAGAUGGUUGAAAACGACAUUUCUGCAUUCACCUACGAGAAGACGCUGAUGAUGGAGCAGAGGUCCCAGAUGCUGAAGCAGAUGCAGCUGUCCAAGAACGAACGAGAGCGAGAGGUGGUGGGGGGAGGGACACCCAUGUACAGUCUGUCUAAGAACACAAGGUCUCCCCUGGGGUGGCCCGAGAGACCUGCCAUCACAUCAGCCAGGGUGUCCAGGGGGGCCCAGGGGGGCUUCCUCAGGCUGGGGGAGGAGAGCCUGUGUGGGGGCCCGCCUGGGGUCACACAGGGCAGCGGGCGCCCAGUGGUGGUUCGAGAUGCCGCGGGCUUCCUAAGUAACGUGCUCUCUGUUCUUCUCUCCCCCCGCCUAGUGAAUGGGGAAACCUGUAAGUCACUUGCUUUUCCCGUGCCUGUCGCCUACCCGCUCCCGCACGCUUCCCGUGACCGCGUGUGCUGGUGUGUGCAUGUCUGUGUGCCCGGCGGAGCGCCCGCCACGGUGCUGCCGUGCCAGUGUGCCAUGCGUGUGAGCCUGGUGCUCAUCAUGUGUGCCAGUGUGAGGGUGGUGCCAGUUGAGCGUGGUGCCCGGGUGGCACGUGUCUCCUCCUGCAGGAACCAGUCCAAUGUCAGGAGGAUGCACACUGCUGUGAAGCUCAACGGCGUCGUCCUCAGCAAGUCCCAGGACGCCCAGCUGGUGCUGCUGAACAUGCCAGGGCCCCCCAAGAACCGGCAGGGUGACGAGAACUACAUGGAGUUCCUCGAGGUCCUGACUGAGGGCCUGAACCGCGUCCUCCUGGUCCGGGGCGGCGGCCGGGAGGUCAUCACCAUCUAUUCCUAACGCAGCACCGGGCGCGGGUGCGGAGGGACAGGCAGUGGCCCUGCGUCCCCGACGACCUCCAGGCGGCUCCCCCAAAGCAGUUCCUGAGCUCCGCCCUCCAUCCCUGGGGGGCUUCCAGACCCCCUGACCGCAGAGGACGGGCAGCGCCCCAGAACUGAACCCCUCUUGGCCGGGCCACGUGCUUCUGGCAGUGGUCACUUUUCCCCCAGCCAGAGUGCACGAGGAGGCCGGCCUGCGCCCCGUCUU